ACUAGUGUGUCAACCAGUCUGAAGCCCGUCUCCCAUUGAGGAAUACUGGAUGUAAUAACUGUAUGUUUUAUUCACCGAUCGGCUCGGCGUUGGCUUGUGUCUGGACGAACUGAGAGAGGAUUUUUAUUUGGACCAGACAGAUUGCACUCCUGCUUCUAAGACGCCACCAGCUUUUGCUCCAGUGCCAUGCACCUCAUGGCAUUGCCAUGUGGAAGAUAAUUUAAUUUCCCAUCUUUUGCCCUUUGGCCAAUCCCAUGUCUGAGGACAGCGAUCCAAAACACUACCGUUACCCAACUCUGGACGGGCGUGAACGGACCCGGGAAAGGGUAGGCUUCCAAGCUGAGGUAGAGCAGAGCCCUCCCUGUGGCUCCAUGAGCCAACUUCACAGAAUGGCCAGCAGUUACAACAAGAGCUGUGGUGGACAGGAUGGGGUAGAACUUGACCCCGAGCUAGGACUGGCCUCUGAAGGCAGUGACAGCAGCCACGAGCACCAAGUGUCACUGGGUUCCCCCCAUGAUGACAGGAAGCGACAACGAACACCUUUACAUGAGGAUGUAGAGAUGGGUGGCAGCGGCUCGAGUGGGAGUGGAACAGAAUCCCAUGGCAACGAGUCGCAUGGCAAUGAGUCCCACGGCACUGAAUCUGUGGGCAGCUCAAAUGGAAAUGGAAAAGAUUCCGCUAUUAUGGAGUCUUCAGGGAGCAACAAGAGCUCCAACUCCCACAGCCCCUCCCCACCGAGCAGCUCUAACGCCUUCAGUUUGGUGAGCUCCGAGCAAGAUAACCCUUCAACCAGUGGCUGCAGCAGCGAGCAGUCAGCCAAGGCUAAGACUCAGAAGGAGCUCUUCAAGACUCUCAAGGAGCUGAAGAUGCAUUUACCUUCAGAAAAGAGGAGCAAGGGCAAAUCCAACACUGUCAACACACUCAAAUAUGCACUGCGAUGUAUCAAGCAGGUGAAAGCCAAUGAGGAAUACUACCAGAUGCUAAUGAUAAAUGACAGUCAGCCACCAGGGUUUGAUGUAUCAUCUUACACCAUUGAGGAAAUCAACACUAUCACUUCAGAGUACACCCUCAAAAACACUGAUAUAUUUGCUGUAGCUGUUUCACUCAUCACGGGGAAGAUUGUUUACAUCUCAGACCAGGCGGCAUCCAUCUUGAACUGUAAGCAGGAAGUGUUCAAAAAUGCCAAGUUUGUGGAGUUCUUGACGCCGCAGGACGUCAGCGUCUUCUACAGCUUCACCACACCUUACCGCCUGCCCUCGUGGAGCAUGUGCACUGGAGCAGAGUCAUCUCCCACGGAGUGCAUGCAGGAGAAAUCCUUCUUUUGCCGCAUCAGUGGUGGUAAGGAACGCGAGGGGGAUCUCCAGUACUACCCUUUCCGUAUGACUCCGUACCUGAUGAAGGUACAGGAUGCCGAGCUGGCUGAGGAACAGUUCUGCUGCCUCCUGCUGGCCGAGAGGGUUCACUCUGGGUAUGAAGCCCCCAGAAUCCCCCCUGACAAGCGAAUCUUCACCACUACACACACACCAAACUGUGUGUUCCAGGAUGUAGAUGAGAGGGCUGUGCCUCUGCUGGGUUACCUCCCUCAGGACCUGAUUGGGACCCCCAUACUACUCAAUCUGCACCCAAGUGACCGACCCUUAAUGCUGGCCGUACAUCGAAAAAUUCUGCAGUUCGCUGGUCAGCCGUUUGACCAUUCUUCAAUCCGUUUCUGUGCAAGAAAUGGCGAGUACAUCACCAUCGACACCAGCUGGUCCAGCUUUGUCAAUCCCUGGAGCCGCAAGGUCUCCUUUGUGAUCGGCAGGCACAAAGUCCGCAUGGGUCCUGUCAAUGAAGAUGUUUUUGCAGCGCCACCUUUCCAUGGAGGGAAGAUGAUGGAUUCUGACAUCCAGGAAAUAAGCGAGCAGAUCCACAGGCUGCUACUCCAACCGGUCCACAACAUGGGCUCCAGUGGGUAUGGUAGCCAUGGCAGCAAUGGUUCUCAUGAGCAACAGGUGAGCAUCAGCUCAUCCAGUGAAAGUAAUGGGAAUAUUGCAGCUGCAAACACAGCAGAGGAAACCAGCAAGACCAAGCCCUCCAGGACCUUUCAGGAAAUUUGCAAAGGAGUCCACAUGCUGAAGAACCAGGACUCUCAGAUCUGCCAGCACUCCCCCUCCCCCUCACCAUGGUCAUCCAAACAUGAGCAGAGGAGAACCAUGGAUAGUUCAACUCAUAGAAGUUCAGGGGUACGUCUGAGGGAAUCGGCCCCCCCGCAGCAGUUGAGAGACAGCACUGCAGGCAGCAUGGAGGACUUCACCUGCAAAGACCAGACUGUCUGCUCCUACCAGCAGAUCAGUUGCCUCGACAGCGUCAUCAGGUAUCUGGAGAGUUGUAAUAUUCCCAUCACAGUGAAAAGAAAGUACCAGUUCUCAUCAAACACUACCUCAUCCAACUCGGAUGAUGACAAGAGGGGGUCAGAAGAUGGAAUGCAAGUGCCUCAGGACACACACGCAGAUCCUUUGAUGUUAGAUUCUCAGCCAGGCUUGUCAAACAUGAAAGCACCUAAGAAGCCUCCAUCUGGGCCAGCUGCUGUAGUGGGGGGGGCCCUGGCACCUCUUACUCUACCCAGUAAGGCUGAGAGUGUUGUGUCAAUCACCUCACAGUGCAGUUACAGCAGCACCAUCGUCCAUGUGGGAGACAAGAAGCCUCAACCAGAGUCUGAGAUCAUCGAGGAUGUUGCAGAGAGCCCAGCGCCCCCGACUCCAGUCCCGGUCAGUAUGGUGUCUCCACCCACCCAAGAGAAGGAGGCCUACAAGAGACUGGGACUGACAAAGCAGGUGCUGGCAGCACACACCCAGAAAGAAGAACAGGCCUUCCUGAACCGCUGCCGAGAGCUCCGCAUUGCCAGGACCUUCCAGAAGGAAUGUUCCUCCUAUCUGCACAAACAGAGAGGUCCAGCUAACACUGAAGAAUCAUCAGGACUGCGAGUUGCUGCCAAACAAGGCGCCACAAGGCCUGAGACCACUGCCAAGAAGGGCAACCGCAACAGGAAGUCCAAAAAGCCACGAAUGAAGCACCCUGAUUCGUCAGACAGCACUGUGUCUAACCGAAAACCCCGACCCCUUCUCCAGGGUCUCAACCAGACCUCGUGGUCUCCGUCAGAAGCGUCCCAAUCAGCUUUUAAUGUCUCCUACCCGACCAUGGUGCCUGCAUAUCCGCUCUACCCUCCAACACCUGCUGCUCCGGUUCAGGCUCCCCACCCUGACCCCACUCUCUCUGCUGGUUUUGGAGAAGGGCUGAACACCCAAGCUCCACCCACCACCUCUCCAUUCCCUGCACCCAUUGUUACACCUGUGGUAGCGCUGGUGCUGCCUAAUUACCUCUUUCCCCAAAUAGGACAAAUGGGUCAAAUAAGUCAGCUGGGACCUGCACCAAGACCAGCUUUUUUCACUGAGCAGACACAGACGCAACCUGCGUACGCCCCCCAGCAGCCGUUUCAAGCCCCCCAGCCAGCCUACACCAUGCAAACACAACCCUCUUUCACCAGCCAGCAGCCAUUUCCUGUGCAGACUGCCUUUCCUCCCCAGCAGCCAUUCCAAGCUGCUCAGACCCCCUUCACAGCCCAGCAACCUUUCCAGGCACCUCAGACUGCCUACACUACUCAGCAGCCCUUCACUGCUCCGCCUUCUUUCACAGUGCAGACUCAGUUUGUGGCCCCAGCCCCUUUCCCACCUCAACCCUUCCCCUACACCAUAGCUCCCGAUCUCCCCAAAGCCCCUGCAGCCGAGCCCAGAGAAGGUGCAGCUUCACGAUCCUCCACCCCUGCCUCUGGAGCACGGGAGCCCACCACGUCACCUCCACUGUUUGAAUCCCGCUGCAGCUCGCCCCUGCAGCUCAACCUGCUGAGCAUGGAGGAGGGGCAGCGCUCGGUAGAACGUCAGGACAGCGUGGCACCCUCAGCAGCAGUGGAGAAGAAUGGAGGCGCAGCCAAGGCUGAUAAUCUCCAACAGGUGGAGUCUGCUGGUGAUGGAGCUCAAAGUGAAGGGAACUCCUCAUCCUGUGACCUGUUGGACAUUCUGCUACAGGAACAGGAGGACUCUCACUCUGGAACUGGAUCGGCCACCUCUGGCUCUAUGGGCUCAGGAUCAGGCUCCGGUUCAGGUUUAGGCUGCAACGGCUGUCGAACCUCAGCUAGCGGAGCUUCUGGCAGCAGAACAGGAAGCAGCAACACCAGCAAAUACUUUGGCAGUGUUGAUUCUCUGGAGCACGAUCCCAAGGGGAAAACAAAAAUGAGGGGACAAGGAAGCUCUGAAAGCAGCAAGUCCCAAUCCAAAGUCUCAAGUCAAGGGGAAGGGGAACAUUUCAUCAAAUACGUUCUACAGGAGCCACUUUGGCUGUUGAUGGCCAAUGCUGAUGACAAGGUCAUGAUGACCUAUCAAAUGCCAUCCAGGGACAUUCAGAGGGUCUUGCGAGAAGACAAAGAGAGACUGAGGCAGAUGCAAAAGAGCCAGCCUCACUUUACCUCGGAGCAGCGGCGAGAGCUGGUGGAGGAACAUCCCUGGAUGAGGAGGGGCGGCCUGCCUGCAGCAAUCAAUGUGAAGGAGUGUGUGUACUGUGAGGAUGCAGCGGCUGCACCCAUUGAGGAGGACCUGCCAGACAUGGACAUGGGCGAGCUGGGCGAGGAGCUACCCAGAGAGGGUCAGAGCACCCAGAGCCAAUCAGAGCAGUCUCAGCUUCAACCGGACUCUGGCUCUUGAACAUAAACACGGACUAAAGUGAGGACACACCUCAUCCAGACGUGGACCCUCAUGAUGCACAUAUGCACCCAUAUAUACAGACAUUAUGGAUGUGUGCCUGACCAUCUUGACAAACACAAGGAACAGAGGUCUGUGUUGCCAUUGUGAUGGUUGCGAGGAUGUGUGCCCCUGGUGUGUAUGUACAUGUGUGUGCUGGUUGCAAGACUGCAACUGAGCGCAGUUCAUAGCAUACCGUACAGGGGGCAGUAGUGCUCUGUGGGGGAUUUGUAGGAAUGACCCAAAAAGUUUUUUUUUUUCUAAUCAUUAUUUUGGCUGAUGGACAUCAUGGAAACAGAAUGUAAAACAUUUGAAUUUAAGGAAUGUUAUUUUUGCAAAACACCUGUCAUGAAACUGUCUAUAAAUAUCCUCAUUAAGCCACCCAGCACUGCUUUUAAAAAAUCUGUGCUGCCUCACAUCAUUUUUUUGCUUUUUCUUGACUCAAAUUCACUUGGUCCCAUCUUAAAACCUUUUCCUUUCAGUAUACUCGCUCCUUUCCCUUGUAGAGUAGUGGUGGCGCUCAUUGGAUGUUGAAGGCCAGUUCAAAAGGGCAGGCACUCGCACUUUUGUGUCAUGAAAGCGUUUGAAUGUCACCACUCUCAUUGGGCCUGUGUUUGAAGUAUCAUUGCAUUCAGCAGUGUUAGCGCUUCACUCGGCAGUGCACAGAAUGGCGUGUUUGCCGAGAAUGACUUUUCUCAACAGUGAAAAUCUGAUGAAAAAGUCUGUUCAUUCAGUAUAUUAUUUAUUUUGGAGGAGAUGGUUUAUCUAAAAGAGAUAUUGUUAAGCUAAAGCCAAAUAAGUACAGCCAUAGGAUAAUAUAUUUAACACUUUAUAUAAACGCUACGGGACGUGCUGAUGCUAGCUGGUCCAUUUUUACUCUAUAACCACAAAUUGAGGUCAGCCUCUCAAAACAACACAGGUGCUAUGAAGAAGUGGACAUCAUCACAGAUAAACCAAUUAAAUAUUUCUGUGUAAUAAAGCAAUCAGAAUCAGAGAAUCGAUGCACAUUAAGAAACGCUUCAGAAGCUGGAAAAAAUGUGGAUUUUAUUCAAAUUUUUAAUCCUUUAGAUAAAGAUUCAUUUUGCCUCUAAUCUGUAUCUUUAAGUGAUACAGAGAUUUCUUUCUUUGUAAAGAGAAAGUUGUAUCCAUGCUGGAUAGUUCUUGUUCUGUUAAAAGGUUGCAGCACAACAGCAGAAUAUUACUUCUAGAACAAAUCAGUAGGAAUUUCUACAUUAUGCAAAAACCACAGGGUCUACACUUGCACACUUUUCACACCUUUGCCCUUGUUUAAAAAACAAAAAUCAAAUCCACUUUUCUGGAUGGAAAAAUAGAAGGUAGCACUUCAUAAACUGCUUUUCCCAAUUUCUUUUAUUUUUAAAGUAAGAAUAGUAGCAUAUUUUGGGCACCAAAUCAUAAGCCUCUGCAGGUGUGUGUUCAGCAAUAAGGAUCCAUGAGUACUGUAAAAGCUAUUCAGUGCAGUGUAUGAGUCUGAGGUCAAUACUGACACUGAGCAUUGGCACUGAAGUCUGCAGUAUGGUGGGAAAACAGCAGAGCAAGUGUAACAAACAAGAUCACACUGUGUUUCUUCAGUAAGCUUCUAAUGCAAGCUGGAUUAGACAAGAAGGUCAUAGAAGUGUGAACAAACAUCCAAGAGUGAAGUAUUAAGGAAACCGAUGCACGCCAACGGCAUAGGAACAACUGUGGUGCCAACGUAGAGAAACAGGAGCUUGCGAAUGUAACACAGACUGGACCAAGAGCAUCUCACUGUCUUUUUCCCUUUUUUUUUCUUUUUUUUUUACUAUUCUAAUUUUCUAUUUUUCUUGUAUGUGUGUGUUUUAUUUUUUGUGUGUGAUGAAGAUGAGAGCUGUUGAGCAUCAUCAAGGACAAACCCUACCUCUAAUAAAUCCCAGGUCAUGUUACUGUAAACGGAUCAUGGUGUGCAUGGUAUAUACAGGUUUGUAAACACGGUGGACAGAACGGUCAGACUCUUAAAUGAUUCCUGUGAGUGAUGGACGUGUACAGAGACCGUCUGCUUCAGAGUGGCAGAUGUGUUUGUGCUCCUUCUGUCUGCUUUCUGCUUCUGUGACUGAAUGAAUGAACGAAUGCACAGAGUACAGACACCUGUCACCACCUUUAGCACCUGCAGUCUGUCUUUGUGCUUUUAGUUCUGUGCAAAAUGUUUCCAGUCGGCCUCCAACAUUUACCUGUUUAUAAACCCAGAGCAACGCCAGAAUUUCAUUUUUCUUUUAAAAAAUAAUGUGGAAAGAGGUUGUUCAGUAUGCUGAGUUUGUCCUUUUUGUUCUUUUUGUUUGUUUUUUAAGGCUGUUCAAGUAGAAAAAAACAUUUUUAAACAAGUUGCACACUGGUUGGCUCUCUGAGGCCCCCUGAUGUGUAAAGCCAUUCACGGUACUGGCACACCAUGUUGUGUGUGUGGUCAUGUAAAUUUGUUUCAUUGCCACUGUAUGAGUCUGCGGUAUAUUAAACCAGCACAGUUUUGUGCAUUUUUGUAGCUGAGAAAAUGUGUUGUUUAAAACCUGAAAACAAUGUUGUAAUAAAACUGGAGUGAUAUAACCA